UUUCAGAAAGGAAGUAGCGACAGGACGGGCUAGCAGCUAGCCGCUCCAACAUCUCAGUCUGUAGGAAAACUGUGGACUUUACUGCCUCCUUUUUUUAAAUUACUCCCACCGGCGACUCAUUUUUUCUCUACCGCAUUUAACCGGUUUUGUAGUUUCUUUCGCUCUCAUUUCUUCUUCGGGUCUUUUUAUUCUUCUAAACUCUGCUUUGUCCGUUGGACUCCGCUGCUGCUGUUAGCCUACUUCCAUACAACUCAGGUUUACUGACAAAAAAAAACAACAAAAAAGGAAGAAAACGGAGAGAAAACCCACAACCGACGUGGUUUCCAUUGAUUUUCGGAGCCGUUGUUCGGAGCAGCUGAGGAUUACACCGGGACGAUGAGAAAAACGGCCGUUAAAGGUGGUGCGUGGUGAGAGUGAAUCAGUGGCUGCGGCAUGCUGAGGCCACUCCCCCUGGCUCAGGAUGAGUGUCAGAGAUGGCGCUGCCACCAUGGCAACGAACGCAGGUGGAGGAGGAGGGGGGGGCGGGCCAGCUAGCCCCAACGACCACGACGGCCGCUCGUACCUGCUGCAGAUUUACCCUCGGCUUCCCGCCCAUCCCUCCACCUGCUGCAGCCUCAGGGUGCAGAAGGAUGCAACAGCUGCCUCGGUGAUCUCGGACGCCGCCUCGGCUCUGGGGCUGGACCCCGGCCGCCUGUAUGUGCUGGCGGAGGUGAAGGAGUGCGGCGGAGAGGAGUGGGUGCUGGAGGCUGGAGACCUCCCAGUGCAGAGGUUUCUGCUGUGGCCUCGGAAAGCCCAGGAGGAACACCCUCAGAGCCUCGGCUUUUACUUCCUACUACAGGAGAGGAAUCGUGAUGGCUCCAUCCAUUAUGUCCACCUCCCAGCGUUGUCCAAGGAACAGGAGGCUCUGCGGCUGGCUGAGAGGGGCUUCCUUCCGCCUCCCCAGGACGACUUCGCGGACCUCUGCAACCUCCCCGUCCUCAAUGAGGACAGCAUAUUAAACAACCUGCGCACACGCUUUUACAAGAAAAAGAUCUACACCUAUGCAGGCAGCAUCCUCAUCGCCAUCAACCCCUUCAAGUUCCUGCCCAUCUACAACCCCAAGUACGUCAAGAUGUACGAGAACCACCAGCUGGGCAAACUGGAGCCUCACAUUUUUGCCAUCGCGGACGUGGCCUACUACGCUAUGCUCAGGAAGAAGGUCAACCAGUGUAUCGUCAUCUCUGGGGAGAGCGGCUCGGGGAAAACCCAGAGCACCAACUUUCUGAUCCACUGUCUGACGGCGCUCAGCCAGAAGGGAUACGCCAGCGGGGUGGAGAGGACCAUCCUGGGUGCCGGACCAGUUCUGGAGGCCUUUGGAAACGCCAAGACAGCCCACAACAACAACUCCAGCCGCUUCGGUAAAUUCAUCCAGGUGAAUUACCUGGAGAGCGGCGUGGUCAGAGGGGCCGUGGUGGAGAAGUACCUCCUGGAGAAGUCUCGGCUGGUCUCCAGAGAGAAGAACGAGAGGAACUACCACGUGUUUUACUACCUGCUGCUGGGUGCUUCAGAGGAAGAACGGAAGGAGUUUAAGUUGCUGCCGCCUGAAGAAUACUUCUACCUCAAGCAGCAAAAUUUUAAGAUCGAAGACGAGGAAGACUUGCGUCAUGAUUUUGAAAGGCUGCAGCAGGCGAUGGAGAUGGUUGGCUUCCUUCCCGCCACUAAGAAACAGAUCUUUUCCGUGCUUUCCGCCAUCUUGUAUCUCGGCAACGUGACCUACAGGAGAAAGUCGACGGGCCGAGACGAGGGUUUGGAUGUGGGACCGCCGGAAGUCCUGGCGACCCUCUCUGACCUGCUGAAGGUGAAAGAGGAGCUGCUGGUCGAAGCGCUGACCAAGAGGAAAACGGUGACGGUCAACGACAAGCUGAUUCUCCCCUACAGCCACCCUGAGGCGAUCACAGCCAGAGACUCCAUGGCCAAAUCUCUGUACAGCGCCUUGUUUGACUGGAUCGUCCUGCGCAUCAACCAUGCACUGCUCAACAAGAAGGACAUGGAGGAGUCCGUCCCAUGUUUGUCCAUCGGUGUUCUGGAUAUUUUUGGCUUCGAGGACUUUGAGACCAACAGCUUCGAGCAGUUCUGUAUCAACUAUGCAAACGAGCAGCUGCAGUACUAUUUCAACCAUCACAUCUUCAACCUGGAGCAGGAGGAAUACCAAGCCGAGGGAAUCACCUGGCACAACAUCGACUACACAGACAACGUGGGCUGCAUCCACCUCAUCAGCAAGAAACCCACCGGGCUGCUCUACCUGCUGGAUGAGGAGAGCAACUUCCCACAUGCCACAGAUAAGACUUUAUUAGCCAAAUUCAAGCAGCAGCAUCAGGGCAACAAAUACUUCAUACCCACACCAGUCAUGGAGCCGGCCUUCGUCAUUCAGCACUUUGCUGGCAGAGUCAAAUAUCAAAUCAAGGAUUUCCGGGAGAAGAACACCGACCACAUGCGCCCUGACAUCGUGGCUCUGUUGCGGAGCAGCGACCGAGCUUACGUCCGGCAGCUCAUCGGCAUGGACCCGGUGGCCAUGUUUCGAUGGGGAAUCCUGCGAGCUACGAUCAGAGGCAUCGCUGCGUUCAACGAGGCCGGUCGGGCCUGGGCGGCAAAAAAAUCAGGUGUUGUCCGUCCGGCCUCCAGAACUCCUUUAGGGGAACUUAAACGGUCCAACACCCCGAUAGAAAGAAUGUACAAACGAGCUUCUAUGCUCGAUUUCUACUUUGAUCACUCAGAGGAGCGCCCUCUAGAGGCCUUUGAAGACAUCUUUGCUAGCUAUGAGAGUAAGAAAGAAAUGCAUGCAGAGAUCAUCAGCUCCAUUAAGAACUUACAGCUGGACGGCGAAGACCCCCGCAAGCUGCUGCAGUCCUGGGGUCGCCUCCGCUUCCCGCGACACGUCCUCCAGAAAAACAAGAGCACCAAACAGAGGCAGGCCAUCCCCAAGAGUUUGCUGGAUUCUCGUUCUCUAAAAUUCAUCGUGGGUUUGACGCUACACGAUCGCACCACCAAAUCUCUGCUCCACCUGCACAAGAAGAAGAAACCUCCCAGCAUCAGCGCCCAGUUCCAGACUUCUCUGACCAAACUGCUCGAGACUCUGAACCGAGCCGAGCCUUUCUUCAUUCGUUGUAUCCGCUCAAAUGCAGAGAAGAAGGAGAUGUAUCUGGACGAAGCUUUGGUGGUUCAGCAGCUACGAUACACAGGAAUGCUGGAAACUGUUCGCAUCAGGAGGUCAGGCUACGGAGCCAAAUACACCUUCCAGGAAUUCAUUGAGCAGUUCAGAGUUUUGCUGCCAAAGAAUGCCACUGCCUCCAAAGAGGACAUCUCAGCGCUGCUUGACCAGAAGAUGGGCCUCGACCCCACCACCUACCAGAUCGGCAAAACUAAGGUGUUCUUGAAGGAGCUUGAGCGACAGCAGCUGCAGGACGUGCUGCACAAAGACGUCAUGCGGAAGAUCAUCUUUCUUCAGCGCUGGUUCAGAGCUCGUCUGCAGCGGAGAGAGUUUCUAGACAUGCGGCAGGCCGCCAUUUUGAUCCAGCAUUCAUGGCGAAGGUACUGCCAAGACGAACAACGGCGACGGGCAGCUACUCUCAUCCAGGCUGUCUGGAGAGGACACCAGCAAAGAUCAGAAUACCACCGACAAAGACGAGGUGCUACGAAAAUACAAGCGCUGGUCAGAGGACACUCGGCACGCAGAAGAUGUCAGUCAAUGCGUGAGGAGAAACACAAGAAAGAGGAGGAAGAAAAAGAAGCUCAGAGGAGGGCAGAAGAGGAGGAGAGGAGGAGGAGGGAAGAAGAGGAAGAGGAGGCACAAAGAAAAGCAGCAGCAGAAGAAGAACGCAUAAGAAUGGAAGAAGAAGAAGCGAGGAGAAAGGCAGAAGAGGAGGAAGCCAGGAGGAGAGCGGAGGAAGAAGAGGCGGCCAGAAAAGCACAAGAAGCUCAGAAAAAGAAAGAAGAAGAGGAGCAAAGACUGGCAAGAGAGCCUCAGACCAGAGAGGAUCCGGAUAUAGAGCUGGUCACUGAGGAGAUGCUGGAUAAAAACCUCCCCGUCCAGGAGAUAGAGGUGGAGGAGGAGGCGGAGGGUGUUAGAAGCUCACAUCCAGAAGAACAGAGUAAGGAGCUGGAGAAUGGAGAGGUGGAUGUGGAGAACUACGGUACCCCGGCUGAGGCUGGACCACAGCUGGACGAGAAGGAAGACGAGGAGGAGACGGAGAGCCAAACACUAGAUUCAAGGCCUGGUUCAACCUCCGAUGGGGUCGCACCGGCCGGCACUACUUCCAACGCUGAACAGAAGAAACCUUCAGCCAUCACCCGAGGCCAGUCGUCCAGGAGCCAGGAGAAGAGGGAGCAGAGGAGACGGAGAGGCCUGGAGCACAACCAGAGGGAAACCGAGCGAGCCGCCUCCUCCACCAGCGGCAAAGAUCAAACGUCCCCAUCCAAGAUCAAAAACCAGGAGACGGCCAAGCUCAAGGAGCGCUCAGACAGCAAGGAGCUGGACCAGUACACCUUCGUGGCCUGGAAGAAGAAGGAUGCUAAAAGUUCUCCUCCCUCCGCCGGUCCCGUCCGUCCGUCCACGUUGUCCCUGCAGCCGGCCGACUCCGAGAGGAACGGCGUUGGCGAAGGAGUCGGAACCGUGAAUCUGCAACGGCGACCGGGAGCGAUGAAGGAGAAGCCGGAGAAGUGGAGGGGAAGGAGGAGCGACGGGGAUCAGUCUGAGGGAAUCAGUCCUCCGUCUUCUCACAACAGAGAAGAAAGGACCAGGAAACCACUGAGUGAAACCGCCUCCUCUUCUGUCGACAGUUUGUCUCCAGGUUCUGAAGGAGCUGGAGCUUUUUCAGCCAGAGAGCAGAUCAUUUCUCCAUCAGACGGUCACGGUGACGGAUCGAAGGGAAGCUCCUUCAGAAGGAAACACCAGGACGGUUCUGGUCACCAGGACUCGGCCCACUCCAUUCCAUCCACACCCGACAAGUCAGGCGGAUUCUUCAGCAAGAUCUUGAAAAAACGACCUCACAAAGAGGCUCAGACUCCGGACAACGGAGAGCUGACGUUCGCUCAGAUGCUCAGCGAGAAGCCGACAGCUGGAGAAGCCCCGGCGUCCGGACACCCGUCUCGGCCUCAUUCUCAGCCCCACAGUGAUCGAGCCGGCAAAGGAUUAGGCAGAAAUCCCACCAUCAAGAUCAGUCGGGCCACCAGGGUCUCUGAGCAGUGGAACGCCUCUCUGGACCGAGAGAUCACCAACGCCAACGAGCUGCGACACCUCGACGAGUUUCUGGGCAACCAGGUUAAUGACUUCCGCUCCAGAGGAAAGUCGCUGUCGGCCACGGAGGCCAUCUUCAUCACAGCCACCAUGCAGUUCAGAGAGACCAUUAAAGCCAUGUAUUCUCUCACAAAGCCCACCAUCGGCUACAAAGGCCUGAUGACGGGCUACCAGAACAAAGUGAUCCACCUGGCGGGCAGCAAACAGAAAGAAGAAGUCCAGCUGGUGGUGAAUCUGUUCCAGUCGGUGCUGGACGGCUUCAUCAGAGGGGAGAUGAAGAAGGAGGAGGCCGAACCUGCCAAGCCUGCGAAAGCCAGAAAGAAGAGGAGGAAAAAGGAUAAAAGCAUGGAGAGUCCUCUGGAUCACAUCUUCAUCAACUACCAGGUCAACAUCAUGCAGUCAUGUGACCAGUGUAGUUCUUACAUCUGGGGCAUGGAGAAGGCCUACAUGUGCAGCUAUUGUAAAAUGGUUUGCCACAAGAAGUGCAUCUGCAAAAUAGUCACCGACUGCUCCACCUUCUGUGCCAAAAAGAGCGACGAGGAGUUCACCGGGCAGCACUUUGGCGUUCGGGUUUGCCACCUGGUCAACGAUAAGAACCCGGUGCCGAUGGUUCUGGAGAUGAUGCUGGAGCAUGUGGAGAUGCACGGCCUUUACACCGAAGGCAUCUACCGCAAAUCUGGUUCUGCAAACCGCAUGAAAGAGCUGCACCAGCGACUAGAGACAGACCCCCACCUGGUCUGCCUGGAGGACUACCCCAUCCACACAGUGACCGGCCUGGUGAAGCAGUGGCUGAGGGAGCUGCCAGACCCACUCAUGACCUUCACACAUUACAGCGACUUCCUGCAUGCAGUGGAACUUCCAGAGAAGCAGGAGCAGCUUCACGCCGUCUACAAAGUCACGGAGGAGCUUCCAACUGCAAACUUCAACACAUUGGAGAGACUCGUCUUCCACCUCGUCAGAGUCUGCAAAGAAGAAGCUCACAACCGCAUGUCUCCGAACUCAUUGGCCAUCGUGUUCGCUCCAUGCAUCCUUCGCUGUCCGGACACCGCCGACCCGCUGCUCAGCAUGAAGGACGUUGCCAAGACGACCACGUGUGUGGAGAUGAUCAUCCACGAGCAGAUCAGACGCUACAACGAGAAGAUGGAGGAGAUCGAGCAGCUGGAGUACGCCGAGGCUCUGGCUCUGAACCAGCUCAAACUCAAGAGGAAGAACACGCACUACUGGCAUGUACCUCUCAGGUUCACACCUAGUUUCAAAGGAGUGGUGCAUGAAAAAGUCCCGUCUGAUCUCAGCGUGGUUCCUGAAGAACCUCUGGACUCUGACACAGAAGCUGAGAAGAACCUGGUGGAACGGAUCAAGUCCAUCAAACAGGAGAAGGAGGAUCUGGCCUGUCGACUCCCAGAGAUGGAGCAGCCCGGUUCGGACCAGGAGAACUUGGACUCUGAAGCGUCUCUGAGCUCCGAGAGCCUCCUGGACGAGCAGCAGCGCUCGUCGGCCCACAGCUCGGAGCCCGAAGGACGAGGUGUUCUUCAGCAGAGGAGACUCAGGCCGAUUUGUCCUCCCAAACCGUCAGACCUGGCCCAGCGGCCUAAAGCCCCCGGUGGACGGAUCUCGUUACCACACCUGACCCCCGCCAGCUCCACCACCUCCCUGUCCAGCUGCGUCUCCUCCACGUCCGAAUCCUCCUCCUCCUCCUCCAGGAACCCGCUGCAACGCCGCAACCCCGUCAUCCCGGACACGGUGAGGCUCCCCCACGGCGUCCUCCCCCAGCCGCCAGCCUCCAGUCCGGCUCAAACUCCCCCGGGAAGCCGACCGUCCAGAUACCUGGUGAGGAGACGGGAGCAGCCGGGCCGCCGCAAAGACAGCACCCAGUCGCUGUACAUCGACGGCGCCGACUGCGACCUGCUGCUGCAUUUCGCCUCCUGCCCUCCCUCCGCCGCCUCCUCCUCCUCCUCCAUCGCCAUGGUUACACCGUCUCCCCAGCUGCAGCAUCACGGCCCGGAAGCCUCGAAGGGCAAGAGGCGGUUUUCUGACCUGGACAUCCCCUACAUGGACGACGACGCGUGACAGAAACAAGGAUUAAAGCUAAAAAUGCAGCCAGAGCUGAGGGGAACCAAUCAAGACUCAGCGUCUCAAGUCGUCCCAUGUGACAGUUAAAAAAAAAAAAAAACUGGACAAGACGUCGCCAAGCACCUUUUCUAUCGUUUUAAUAUUUCCAGUGAAUCCAGUCGGACCGGAAGCUGCACUUCCUGUGGCCUCAUGAUGAUUCUGUUUUUUAAUAUGUGCUAAUUCAAGAGAAUAUUUCCAGGUUCCAGUCGCACUUUUCAUUUCCUCCACUGAGUAAAAACUCACUGAAAUGUUAGCUAGUGCCUUGAUAUUGUACACGGACUCGACAAAGAGGCUCGUUUCUCACGGAUCUUCGCUCCGACGUGGAGGGAGGGUCGUUCGAGGUAAAGAUCCACUUGGACUUUUUGUGUUUAUUGAACUGAACCGACACAAGACAUGUUCCCAACGAGGACCUGAAUGUCGCACACAACGACCGCAGUCUCGGUUUUGUUUUUUGUUUUUUUUUUUACCCGCCGCACAACAAACACCAGAUUAGGAAGUCAUUGCUGUCACAGAGCAAAGGGAAAUGGGAGCAGCACUCGCCACUUUCUCCACCCUAAAAACGACACAAACAUGACCGGGACGUGUUCAGAGAUGGAAACUUUCCUCCUGGUCCAAACCGCUCGGUCCCGCCACGUUCUGCUGAAGCACAGCUCUGGACAACUUUGUUUGAAAUGUAAUACUAAUGUUCCUCUCUGACUGCUGUCGAAUGAUGUCUGUUAGUCUGUCUGGAGCUGCAGGACGAUGUUCCGAUGUGUAAUGUGUAACAGAGAGUGUAUGUCUGGGACUGAAUGGUAUGAACUGUAACGGUUAUUAGUAUUAACUUUGAAAAUACAGUACAUGAUGCUUGUAA